AUGAAUUCUACAAUUAUCUUCAUGAUAUUGAUAAUAAGCAUUACUCUAGUGGUCAAUACUGUCGCAACAAGAUGUUCCACGCAAGCUGGUUGCUUUGGAGGCACAACAAUUGCAUGUUGUAAAGGACAUAUCCUACAAGUAAUAAAUGAAACAACAGCAAAAUGUAUUAGAUGUCUUGCAUCCGGAGCAUUAUGCUAUAACACAAAGAAAGAAUGCUGUCCAGGAUAUCAUUGUGGUGUUGGUGGUGUUGUUCUUGCAACACCACAACCUGGUGCUAGAUGCGUUUCAAACCUAAUUGAUGGUUAG